AGGUAUUCAGUGUAGGAACAAGCGAGUGUGGCUAAAACCAACCGCUAUUCUUCUGGAAGGGGAUUUUAGUUUCGUAGUGACUGGUAAUUGUUUGCUGUCGUACACCUCUCGCAAAGUGCGAAUAUAAUACAUAAUAACAAUAAAAGGGAAUACGGAUAAAGUAAGGUUUAUAAUAUCUUCUAAUAGUAUAACACUGCGAUGGGACGUGUCAAGGUAACACCAAAGGGGAAAGUCAAGAAGAACAUCCCCAUCACGCGCGUGGGGAAAAAACAGUACCUCAAGCGUCGAUUUGCCCACAUUCGCGCUGUCGACGUUGCCGGUUCAAACAACCAGUUCACGCGAAAGUACUUUGAGGGAAACCACACGGCUGCGCAGAGCUUUACGCGCCUUGGUCUCAGCAUCGACCCAAGCGCGCCAAAAAGCGUCGUCGAGGAGCGCAAGAAAAAGAUAAAGCCCAAUUCGCAGCGAAAGCUUGAAGAAGAGGAUGAUAUCAAGCUGCAGGAAGAACAGGUAAGGCGGGAUCGUAUCGGGCGCCCGGUGAGUGAGCAAGAGGGCAGUACAAUCGCUAAUCUACUCCAGAAGUACGGCACCGACCUUAAGCGCAUGUCGUUGGACCGAAAGUUGAAUCCAUUCCAACUCAACGUCCGGCAGCUACAGCGGCAGAUUGUGAACUACCUCAAGUGGGAGAAGGCGGCGUUCCCGGAGGCCUUCGCGGAGGCUGAAGCGCAAGGUUGGUUUUCUAUUGAGUCCUUUUCAGAUCCGAAACUACGCUCAGGGCAGCAGCAGCGUCUCUCAGCCAUACAGUGCGAGGAAAAGAAUGCGAACAGCGAUAAGGGGAGCAAUAAUGACCCUCCAUCACCCGCCGAGAAUCGCGAGUGCGGAAAUAAAAAAGCAUUCGUUAAGAGUUCUAAAGCCCCAGGUAGCUUGAAGCGUGGAAGGGGAGAGUAAAGUUAAAGCCCAUGCAAGCCGUACGAGCAGUGAGACUUUUCCCUUUUGAGAGAUGAAAAUCUGUAUUUUCUUGCCAUAACAAUGAAGAGACGUCUGUUUUUCUUGGGAGGGCUGAUGUGGGAAGUGGUGAGUCAGAGCGUGUAGAAAACCGAGCGGUCCCCCCCCCACCCCACCCCACCCUCUUCAAGUCCUGCAGACUCAACCACGCUGCAGAGAAGAAGAUAAAAGGUAAAA